AUGUGCAAGCACGUUUUAAACGCACAAGUUUCCGUUCGUACGGUUUGUUGCCGCCGCUGGGUCGAUUGCAUUGAAUGCCAUGAUGAAGUCGCUGAUCACCCUUUACUCAGGACUCCAGAAAUGACUUUAAUAUGCAAGAAAUGUCGCAAAGCAUUUCGUGUCCAAUUUGGAGAGGAAAUGGAUGAUAGUGAUGAAUUUUGUCCCAACUGUGACAACCAUUAUGUUGUCAGCGCCUUAACAGAACAACCCAAGCCUACGAAUCCUUUCCCAGAGGAUAUGGAUACCAGAAUGAUCCCCAACGAUAGAGAAUUAGAAGAACUUUUAGAUGAUACCACUCAUUUGGGAUAA